CGUUCUCGUGCUGGAAUCUGGGCUUAAAUUCUGUCAUUCACAGCGCGAUCGCAGAUUUGUUUUGUUCCCUUUGGAAGAAAGGAACUAUGGCGCUGCACCAUGACGAGACCGGCAGGACGACUGCCAGCAGAGUGGCCAAAAAGGCGAAGCGUAGUGAACGAAGUAAAUCGGAACAUGCCCCGUCAUCAACCACUUCACCAACUUCACCAACUUCGCCCACCAAACCGAGCUCACCGAAGAGUGGUGUCACGGAUACACCAGCACAUCCUUCCAGCACAGCGACAAGUCAGGCAAUUGAUCAAGCGCUAAAGCGAAAACGCAAGAUAUACAUUGUCUUCGCCGCGAUGGGAAUACUGGGAUCAGUCCUUCUAGCAUACGUUUUUUUCUUCCGAAGUUCUGGCCAAGGUAGCCAGAAAGGGGCAACGCCAUCCAAGACUAUGCUCGGCAACUUCACCGAAUGGGCUGCUGUAGUAGGGAGUCAAAGCUGUGCUGGAGUGCCCAGAAAAAUAUUCACAAUGAAAGGAACUAUAGGAGACGCGGCUGUGGCCUCCAUUUUGUGCGUCUGCACCGUCAGGCCAAACAAUUGUGGAAUCGGCGGAGGACUUUUCGCCAUCUACUACGACAGGCUAAAUAAAAAGGCUACGGUAAUCAAUGCUCGCGAAACAGCCCCUGCAAAUCUUACGGCUAAAAUGUUGGAAGCCGAAAAUGCGUCAACCAUUGGGCCUCUAUCGACGGGAGUACCCAGCUUCCUAAGCGGUCUGGAUAGCCUUUUGAAGGCAACCAAGAGCAAAGUGAAAUGGAACGAUCUAGUGGCUGACGCGCUCUACUACGCAAAGAAAGGCGUUAUUGUCUCCAAGGAGCUAGCAAAUGACAUACAAAGGAACGCCAAAACUAUCAAUGCGAACAUGGACCUAAAGGAAUACUUAAGUGAAAAAAGGGUAUUCUACAAAGCAGGUGAUACCAUGGUACAGGACCGGAUGGCUGAAACACUGACUGCCAUAGGAAAGGACGGGCCUUCCACGUUUUAUAAGGGUACACUGAGGAAUAAACUUCUGGAUGACAUGAAGCGCAAAGGUUGCAAAAUCACCCAGACGGAUAUGUCCAAUUACAAUGCUGAACAAGAGGAGCCUGUGAAAAUAAAUUUGGCGCCAUAUACUUUGUAUGCUCCGAAAGCGCCGGGCGGGGGCACAGUUCUUGGCUUGAUUUUAGGACUUGUGAGCACUUUCCUCACGAGAGGAGAGUUAAUCGACGACGAGCAGCACAUGCAUUACCUAGUGGAAAGCAUCAAGUACGGAAUGGCACGGCGCACAUCGUUAGCAGACCCAAAGUUCUUCCCUCUUGAAAACGUGCUGAAAGACUUCACCAGUAAAACCUACAUUGAUCGAAUGGCUACCAAGAUUCGUCCAAAGGCUCUCAGAGAUGCCUCGGCUUACGGAAUUACUCCAGUAAAGAAUGACAAGGGCUCUGGUCAAAUUGCCAUCGUCGCAGCGAAUGGAGACGCUGUGGCAAUUACUGCAUCGAUAAAUUCUCCGUUCGGCUCUCAAGUGAUAUCGAAAUCCACGGGAAUCAUCCUGAACAACGUGAUCGACAACUUCUACUUGCGGGACCAAUUCGAUCUAGAUGGAAACCUGGAAACCCCGAACAACAAGAUAUCCCCUGGAAAGCGACCUCUAUCCAACAUGGCGCCAACCAUCGUCACUGACCCCUCUGGGAACGUCGUGGCUGUCGCAUCAAGUACCGGAGGUCCGAAAAUCGUCUCAGGACUCACGCAGGUCUUGGCACGAAUGCUGUGGAUGAAAGCCAAUCCCAAGGUGGCCAUAGACAGUGGCCGCUUGCAUCAUCAACUGAGACCUUACGUACUAUUUGCUGAAUCAUCUGUACCAAAAGAUAUCCUAGAUGGACUGCGCAAGCGCAGCCACGACGUACAGAUUCUUUCCCACUGGGGCAACGAUGUCAUAGCUUUACUCCGCAGGAAGAACCGGAUAUUGGCUGCAUACGAUUUUCGGAAACAGACCGAUGCCGGCGUAGACGGUGGUAUGCAUUCCGCUAAUAAAACAGGAUGA